AAAUUUCCACCAUUAAAACAAUUUUAAAAAAGUUUGGUCAUAGCAAAAACUCUGUGGAAGGAGUUGGGAGCAAGGCCAGACUCGCACCAAACUGUGAACAUGGUUUCUGAAAGUCCCCAAGUUUUACUGACUGUAUGUGCACGGGUAUUUUCAAGUUCCUCAAACUCACAGAAGAAAAAGUGGCAUGUUUAAAGCAGAAAUGUACAAGUCCUGUCGCUUUUUCUUUUAGCCUUUUUCACUACGGAGUUCCAAACGUCAACCACUGACGCUCCCCGCUUUCGUCCAUGUGCAUUUGUUUUUUCAACAGAGCCGGUGAACAUGAGCCGUGGAGUCAUGUCCAUGCCGGUCACAUCUGUUUGGCGUGCUUCUGUGUUUUUCAAUCCUCUCCUUUUGGAUGAAAAAAAAGCAGGUCCGAUGCUUCCUUGCUUCCUCUGACAACAGUUUUAUCCCCUUCUAUGUCUAAAAUAACCUGGCUAUGGCGUGUAAGUGAAGCAGACCCCAGGGUCGGCAGUAGGGGGCAGUGGAGACAGUGACUCCGAAAGCUAUUAAAUCCAGAAAAGAUUGUAAAGACAAUGUAAAGAUUGUGCAUAGCUCUGCUUUAAAAAUAUCUCUUGAAUAUCAGGUGUAUCCACAGUUUCAGCUCCAGUAAAUGACUUUCAGAGACACUAAACCUGGCUGCCAGUGUGUGUGUGAGUGUUAUGAGGCUGGCAUGUCUGAACACAGUUAAAAACGAGGAGGAAACUGUAGAUUAUCGGAUUCCUCAUGUGUGGACCAGCUGUGUCCUAUGUAGGCUGAAACACAGGAGCUGUGGUUUUGGCCCCGUAGCUCAGCUCAGCUCAGUGGAAAGUGCUUAUGUGGCACCUAGGCGUCACCACCAUCACUCCCUCAGGUUUUCAUUAUUCCCCCUGCGUUUGUCAUUAUUUCACUCACUCUCUGGAGUUACUGCUGCAUCUGUAAACACUGUCCACAUUCUGAUCUCUCACUUUUUAGAUGUGGACUUGCAAUUAAAAACAGUCUAAUAGCACAGUUGCCUAAGUCAUAUCUGAACGUUGGACAUAGGGAAUAAGGCACAGUGAUUCAGCAGUGGUAGGAGAGUUAAGUUAGGCAGAUAAAACAAUUACCAAAGAAAUUACUUUGGCAAUUAUGCUAUUAGGCUAAUGAUUUUAAGGACACUAAAUUGGCUUUAUCCCUCACCCUAAAACCAGGUCUUAAUCCUGGAAAAGGCCACUUUUGAAAUAGUAGAAAAAGAAUCCUCAUGACCUCAAUAAGAUUUGUCCUCGUUCACACAGACUCACACAUGUUUUAUGGAGCCAUCUGUUCAACCAAAAUAGUUAAUAGAUGAUUUCCAAGUGUAGAAAUCAAUAAUAUGUUCAUCGGUAGCUGUUCAUCUCGUGUUUCAACUGUGUCAUAGUAAGAGCCCAAGAUAAACAACAAAAAACAUUAAUAAAAAGGAAGACAGUUAAAAACAGAGUCAGCAAUUUUAAGUUACUCGAGUGCAAUUUCUCCACAUGAACGACAGACACAAACUCAUGCAGCGUUGAGGACUUAACGUCAUUUAGAAUAAGUUUUCUUUUUACCUGCGUCAUUAAAGCAAGAGACUUUUAAGAACAUCCAAAGAUCGUGUUUUUCACAUUAACAGAAAAAGACUUCUCCACGUCUCCAUGUUUUCCUCCAAACCCACCCUUUCUUUCUCACUCUUCCUGUUCUUAAUUACGAUGCCAACGAUUGGUCCAGAGUUUCUGUAAAGUCGCAGCCAAUCAGGCUCUUCACCCCCUCAGGUGGUCGCUGUGUGCGCUGCUUUAAUGAACGCUUGCUGGGUGUGCGUCAGAGAUGAAAGGGGCCCGGUUUAAAACCUUGCGGGAUCCCUUCACCGGCGCAGUCUUGUCAGAAGGAGGAGGCCACAACAGGAGCAACGUGCUGUGCUCCAGGAAGUCUCUCACACACAAAAACAAACAAACACUUAGUGUUUGAGGCCCACAGGUGGUCAUCUUCUCUGGAGACCACAUCUGGAUCUGCAGGCAGCCAAGGAGGAGAUAACCACAGGUGAGAGCAGGCCACAAAAACACAAACAGUGAUUUUUUUUUUUCUUUCUUACCUGUGGAUUCAAGUUCAGGUUGAAGUCAAGUUUGGCAGCAAAACAGCUGGUUCUGUUUUCCAAUGACAAAGCAGCUGGAGCUGGAGGUGUGGCGACAUGUUUGUUUAAAACGUUCACCUUCAGAGCUGCGGGGGUCACUUCUGCAGCGCUGCUGAUGAACACCAGCUCCACUCUGAGGUUUCAGGAGCGCAAAUUUAAUUAGUUUCUAACCAUAAUAAUAAUCAGGGACGGAGGAGAAGGUGUGAGACGUCAUGGCUGGAGGAAGGAGAACCAGUUUCCCCACUGUCUUCAUCACCGCCGCUCUGGCUGUGAUGCUGCUGCUGCCCGUUUUCGCGUCUGCUGGACCAAUCGGGAAAAAGACCAAACGAGAUGCGGGGCAAAGUAUCCAGGAGAAAUCGUCUGCUGCGGCCGCGCAGAGGAAGCUGGUCCGUCACCGCAGGAACAUCAGCUGGUACAAGCAGCAUUCUGACUUCUGGAACUGGUACAAGUUCUUCACAGACAACGGCAACCAGGAGGCAGUUCAUGAGAUGGACCGGAUCUACUUGGCCUACCUCCAGAACAAGAACCGCGCCGAGGGCCGCCGCUCCUACAAGGCUUACCUGCGCCACCUGGGCGACGUCUACAAGUCCUGCGCCGACUCCGACGACCCCAACUGCGUGGCCUCCUACACCAGCAGACCCAAGUCAAAGCCUGAACCACCCAAACCCGCACCGGUGAAAACCUGCGACCCCACCAAGGACACGUACUGCCUGUACGCGGCUCUGAUGCAGGGGAAGAGUCCCUACAUGCCGCUGGUUCUUCCCGCCGCCGCUGCUGCUCCGGCUCCAGUCAAGGCUCCGGCUCCUCAGUACGUCCGCUCUGCCGCUCCGGCUAAAGACCCGCAGUCCGGCUACUACUACUACGCUCCGUCUGCAACACCUUUCCUCUCAAAGGAACAGAAAGCCGAGCUGCUGAGGAUCUGCGCCGCAGACGACGUGGAGUGUCUGCAGUAUCACGUGAAGGCCGCGUAUGGACACGUGCCCUCUGCUGGUCCCCUGCCGUCGUACGCGCACCUCGGCUGUGACCCCAAGAAAGACCCGUCCUGCAAACCCAAGCUGGUGCAGAAAGCUCCAUCCGGUCUCUACAUGCAGUAUCCAAACUGUGACCCGCUCCGGGAUCCAUACUGCGCCUACGCUGCCUCUCUGGUGGCUCCUCGUGCUCCUCACCCUCCUGCCCCCGCUGGACCCGGAUCCUGCAACCCUCUCUACGAGGAAGGCUGUAACCCUCUCACCGCCACCAGAUUUGCCACGCCCCCAGAGUCGUACGCGCGCGACGAGGCGGACGAGGCGGCCGCCAUCCGCGCUGCUCCUCCUCCCGCUGCUGCUGAGCACAACAGCGACCCCUACACCAUGUUCCGAGACGCUUACGCUCAGGCCAACAGAGCAAGUGACCCGUACGCUAUGUACCACCAGGCUAGCGCUCCGCCGUCACCUCCCGCCAACGACCCGUACGCCAUGCUGCGCCGAUUCAUGUCCCAGGCUCAAGCGACUGACCCGUACGCUCCACGUAUGGAAGCCGCUCCGGAGUCGAACCCCAACGAUCCUUUCUCUGCGAUGCGCGAGGCGGCAGCUGCAAUGCACCGCCGCGGGCCACCCAGCGCAAGGCAGCAGUUUCCCUUUUCCAGCCCAAGUUAUGAGGAGCCUGCGCAAGAGGAGCGCCACCCUCUGGGCCCCCCGGGCAAAACCAAGGAGGGCUAUGACUGCUUCGUCGGCUACGACCGCGAGUGCUACCCCGUGAAGCCCAGCGAGCCCCGCGCCGGCGCUCACCACCGCCUCCCGUACCCCGCCGAGGCCUACGAGCCCCACCUAAACAGUGACGGCUCGCGCAACGGAGUCCUGGAGCCCGCCAACCUGGACUGCGACCCUGAGUACGACAGAGACUGCCGCCUGCGUCGCUACGAGCCGGAGCAGGGCCGCGCCGAGGCCCAGCCGGAGCAUCACGCUGACGACGACCACCACAACCAGGGGGCGGAAGAGAGCCAGCAUCACCCAGAGCAGCAGCAGGAGCAGGAUCAGUACGAGGCCGAGCCUUACCAGAGCGGCCAGGAGGAGCCUCACAUGUCCUACCAGUCCAUGCCACAGGGAAUGCCCUCACUGCAGGACAUUCUGAGGCUCUAUGGAGACCAGAACCCAGAGCAGGGCGAUCACAGAGCAUACGCAGACGACUACCGUAAGAAAUAAACGCGCUAUAACACACACACGUGCGUGUGGAUGGACAUGAAAACACGAGCGCUGCCUCACGCAGUGAACAGGACCAGAACAAGGACACAUGAGUACACGCACACACGAAGAAACAUGGUCAGAAACAUGAUCAGAGUGUUCCGUCUUCACAUCUGUCGCUUUUUCCAGCUUCUACGUCAAAAAACCCUCCUCAGUCCACUCGAGUGUGUGAUGACUCGGCUUUUUCACUCCUCUAUCUCUGCAUCUCCAAAAUAAUAAAAUAAAACAUGUCAGUUUUUUUGUCAGUGAUGGAUUAUGUAAAGUUCUUUGUUUUUUUCCAUUUUGGAUGUUCUAAUAAAAAGCUGUAGAAAGCUG